AUGGCAGCUGAAACGUUUGAAUCGCAGGGCGUUCGAGUCGCUGUCGAGGGCUGCGGCCAUGCCAAACUCAACGCGAUAUACGCCUCCGUCGAGCAGUCCGCCAAGGAGCGCGGCUGGGAUGGCGUCGACUUGCUCAUCAUUGGCGGAGACUUUCAGGCUGUGCGCAAUGCCGCUGACCUGACAGUCAUGUCGUGUCCCGUCAAGUAUCGCAAGCUCGGCGACUUCCAGGAGUACUACGCCGGCAGCAGGAAAGCCCCCUAUCUGACCAUCUUCAUUGGCGGCAACCACGAGGCUGCCUCGCACUCCUGGGAGCUCUACUACGGCGGCUGGGUGGCGCCCAACAUCUACUAUCUCGGCGCUGCCAACGUGAUACGGCUGGGACCCAUCCGCAUUGCUGGCAUGUCUGGGAUCUGGAGGGGCGUAAACUACCGCAAGCCGCACUACGAGAGGCUUCCGUUCAACGGCAGCGAUGUCAAGUCAUUUUACUCGGUGCGAGAGAUUGACGUCCGGAAGCUCCUCUUGCUCCAGACGCAGGUUGACAUCGGCCUCAGUCACGACUGGCCACGCCAGGUCGAGACGCACGGAGAUCUGAACAGGCUGUUCCGAGACAAGCCGUUUCUCAGACAAGAAUCGACCGAAGGGUCCUUGGGCAGCGUGGCUGCCGAAUACGUCAUGGACCGCCUGCGGCCGCCGUACUGGUUCUCUGCGCAUCUGCAUGUCAAGUUUGCCGCGCUCAAGAAGUACGACGCGCCAAAGGCGGAAGAGGCUGUCCAGGCGGCCAAACCUGCCGAAACUGCACCUCCUGUGCAAGAUAACCCGGAUGAGAUUGACCUGGACAUGGACGAUGAAGAAGCUUCCAAUCCUGGUGACACUUCCAAACCCGCAGCUCCAGAACUCCCGGAGAGUGAGGCCACGGACAAGGCCGAGGAAGCGACCGGUUCUGUGCCUGAAGACUUGAGAGCGCAGUUGCCGGCAUCAUUUGCUCGUCCUACUGAAAGAGUGAGGCGCACGCCCGGGCAGCCGGUCCCUCCCGGCAUCAAGAACACAGAGGUUCGCUUUCUGUCGCUGGACAAGUGCCUGCCCGGGCGGCACUUCCUGCAGCUAUGCGAGAUCCAGCCCUUUGACAAAGAGCAGCUGUCGUUGCAUCCACCUCAGACCGGCUCGGGCCCUCGCUAUCGACUCGAGUACGACGCCGAGUGGCUGGCCAUCACCCGCGCCUUUCACAAGCUCAACGUCUUUGGCGACUUCACAGCCCAAGUGCCCGAAGACCUAGGCGAGGAGACGUAUCGGCCCCUGAUCGAGGCGGAGAGGGCGUGGGUCGAGGAGAAGAUUGUGCAGAGGGGGAGGCUGGCGGUGCCGGACAACUUUGAGCAGACGGCGCCGCCGCACGUGCCCGGGACGCCUGAGAUUGUCAACGAGCAGCCGCACGAGUACACGAACCCGCAGACGGCGGCGUUCUGCGAGCUCUUGGGCGUGGACAACCUGUGGGAUGCUAGCGCGGAGGAGAGGAAGCAGCGGAGGCUUCGGGGGCCGGUUGAGACACAUCACCAGCCUGGUCACGGACGCGGCGGUGGAGGUGGAGGCGGAGGCGGAGGCGGAGGCGGCAGAGGGAGAGGGGGAGGAGGAGGGGGCCGUGAUGGGAGGGGAAGGGGGAGGGGGAGAGGAGGUGGCGGGCGAGGAGGAGGAGGAGGAUUCUACGGAAGGGGGCAAUACUAG